AUGAAAGACGAGCAGGGAGUCGGGCCCUGUCCUGCCGCGGCCCAAUGGGAGCGCCGCUGGGAGGCAUGGCCGGCGGCUCGGCGGGGAUAUAUAAGACCCCCACUAGCCGCUCCGCACCGGGAUUCGUGGUGUUGCUGGAGACUCGUAACGCGUCCGCAGUCAACGACCCUCCGCAAACGUCACCUGUCGGGAACAACCAUGCGCGAGUGUAUCUCCAUCCAUGUGGGCCAGGCCGGGGUGCAGAUGGGCAAUGCCUGCUGGGAGCUCUACUGCCUGGAGCACAACAUCCAGCCCAAUGGCACCAUGCCCAGCGACAAGGCACUGGGCAGCGGUGAUGACUCCUUCAACACCUUCUUCAGUGAGACAGGGGCUGGCAAGCACGUGCCCCGGGCUGUCUUUGUGGACCUGGAGCCUGCUGUCAUAGAUGGGGUAAGAACUGGCAUUUAUAGGCAGCUCUUCCACCCUGAGCAGCUGAUAUCUGGCAAGGAGGAUGCUGCCAACAACUAUGCCCGAGGCCACUACACUGUGGGGAAGGAGAUCAUCGAUCUUGUGCUGGAGCGAAUCCGAAAACUGACAGACCAGUGCACCGGGCUUCAGGGGUUCCUGAUCUUCCAUAGCUUUGGGGGUGGCACUGGCUCAGGCUUCACCUCCCUGUUGAUGGAGCGGCUUUCUGUUGACUAUGGCAAGAAGUCCAAGUUGGAAUUUGCCAUCUACCCCGCCCCCCAAGUGUCCACAGCGGUUGUAGAACCCUACAACUCUAUUUUAACCACGCACACUACCCUGGAGCACUCAGACUGUGCCUUCAUGGUGGACAACGAGGCCAUCUAUGACAUCUGCCGCCGCAACCUGGACAUUGAGCGCCCCACCUACACCAACCUCAACCGGCUCAUCGGCCAGAUUGUGUCCUCCAUCACUGCUUCCCUGCGCUUCGAUGGUGCCCUCAACGUGGACCUCACAGAGUUCCAGACCAACCUGGUGCCCUACCCCCGCAUCCACUUUCCCCUGGUGACCUACUCCCCCAUUGUCUCAGCCGAGAAGGCCUACCACGAGCAGCUGUCCGUGGCAGAGAUCACCAACGCCUGCUUUGAACCCUCCAAUCAGAUGGUCAAGUGUGACCCUCGCCACGGCAAAUACAUGGCCUGCUGCAUGCUCUACCGUGGAGAAGUGGUGCCCAAGGAUGUGAACGCCGCUAUUGCCACGAUCAAGACCAAGCGCACCAUCCAGUUUGUGGACUGGUGUCCCACGGGUUUCAAGGUUGGCAUUAACUACCAGCCGCCCACCGUGGUGCCCGGGGGAGACCUGGCCAAGGUGCAGCGGGCAGUCUGCAUGCUGAGCAACACCACGGCCAUCGCCGAGGCCUGGGCCCGCCUCGACCACAAGUUUGACCUGAUGUAUGCCAAACGGGCAUUUGUGCACUGGUACGUGGGUGAGGGCAUGGAGGAAGGAGAGUUCUCUGAGGCCCGAGAAGACCUGGCUGCCCUGGAGAAGGAUUAUGAAGAAGUGGGAACAGAGUCUAUGGACGGCGAGGACGAGAGUGAGGAGUUCUAGGGGUCCCGGCACCUGCAACGCCUGGGCUCUCUCCCUGGUUUUGUGUCUCUCGUUCCACUGUUUCCCUAACCCCCUACAAAUACAAUCAAUGUCUCAAGUGAUGUGGAGCUCUGUGAUGUGGAGUUCUGCCCAGCUGUGGGCCUUCACUAACUUUCCCAACUGCCUUAUUGCCCUUCUAAGUUAAGGGCCAGGGUGGCCUCUGCCUCUAGGGAUUGCAGCCAGGGG